CAAAUUGUAUGAAGGUCACCUAGCAAAGUCAGGCAGUACCUAAAAUUUAAUGUUCCAAUCCCUCGUACCGUCUCCACUUCUUUUCUGCGCAAGCCCCAAAAGCUCGGGAUCUUGUAAACUUUGACAACACGACGCUGAAAGGUCCUUUGGACAUCCUUAUCCUUCAAACCUGCAACAAACUCUCACCUGUGCUCCCGAGGUAUUGCGAAAUAAUACACUCUAACUCUCCCCGAAUAGAGAGAGAGCGAGGUUUUGUAAUAACCCUACUAAUCGCGUAUCCUGCGAACGCGACAUAUUACGACAUAGCCUUUUUUCCCUUCUUCUUUUCCCACAUAGCCGGUACCAAACCUCAUUAAUCCACACACCCCCAAAAAUUCUAGGUAUUCACGGUCGAAAAGCGCAACGCAACUGUUACUCUUCGAUCGCGAACCGCAAACCAUUUACGUUCCACUACAUCUCGAGUUGGAUGAUGGCGACUGAGCCAACCCUCAAUAAGCCGGAUGCAUCUCUAACUGAACCCACCCUCGCUCAACCAGCUGCUGCGAGCAACGACACUCAGGAUGCCAGCCAUUCGAGUGCUACACUAAACGGUGUCUCCUCCGAUGUCGAGAAUAAGCAAAUCGCAGAAAUUGUCGACGAAUUAGUGAACUCAGCUGAAGUUAGUGUGAGCGGUGGUUCGGAUACGGAAACAUCAAAGGCACGACUAGGUGACAAAAGCCAUGCGCGUACAUCUUCAACUCUUAAGAAGCCCCAGAGCUUCAAGUCGGUUUCGGUAAAUCGCACUUUUCUGGCUUCCAAGACCACUGCGAAUUCAACCUCCCGUCCCGAUUCUACCGCCAACUCUGCUUCUUCUACACCCCAGCCGACUCCUAGUGCUUCUGCUUCACGCCUGAAGCUUGUUGCGAAAUCAGGCACCAGCCUAGGUGGUUCUACCAAGACUCUUAGUAAUAACGGGAAACCUGCAGCCGCUCCUGAUCCAAAUACUGUCUGGAACCGAAAUAGACCGGUUCCUCAACCCGAGCAGAAGAAACUAUCUGAUGAGGAGCUCAUGCAUAAAUACGGUAUACAUAUGGCGGGCCGUUUAGGACCGGAGGAUACCAAGGGUCAGUCAAACUGGGCGGAUAUCGAUGACGACGAAGAAUGGGCACCCGAAACUAUUACUUGGACCGACGGCACCAAGAUUACAUUACCACCGGCCGAUGAAAUCGCACCGAGCCCCAACACCGUCCCUGCCACGCUUAGUAAAGAGCCAGCUCCCGCACCGCCGAAGUCAAAAUCUCCCGCACCGGUUUCUAGCGCAACGGGGUCUCCUUCAGUUAGGCCCGGUGUUCCAGCCUCAGGCAAGAGCCUUGUGCUAAAAGGCGCUCCCGAAAAGCCUACUCUCGUUGCAAAGCCUCCUGCGCCGUCAGCGCCUGCUAAAUCCCCAUGGGCACGUCUACCGCCUAUAGAAAAAGUACCUCCUGGGCAACCAGACAAUCUCGCAUCAGCUUCGCGCCCUCCAGCGCGGGAUACAGCCGCUAAAAGUGCUACUCCCCCGCCGGCCAAGGAGAUCGCAGCGGAUGACUUCAGUCGAUCUGGUUUCCGAGAAGGUCAUGCAGGCAAUCAUAGCCAACUGUUCAAUUCACAUUCUGGUCGAUAUGAGCCGGUGACGGAUCGUAGAGGAUCCAGAAACGAUAUCCAUGGACGUCAGCCCGCAGUCCUCCAGCGACCUCAGCACCACGAGCAGCAAGGCCCCGCGGAGCCCUCAGCCGCUUUUCAAACGAGUAGAACUAGUGGCCAUGAAGGCCCAUUUGGUCGCCGCCGCGGCUCUUCCAACGUCAGUGGCACUAGUGGUAUAAUGGCACAUAGGCUUGGGAAGCCGUACGAUAUUCCACCACCACCCGAGGUACUUCAAUCUAGAGCUGGCUCUGUUGUUGGAGCUGAGAGUCCUAUUUCCACAACGUUUUCUCCAGUCAAUAGCCAGAUCACACCACGGCUUCAACCCAGCCAUCCCUAUCAGCCUCGUCCUUCUCCCGGCCAAACCUAUGCUACGCCUCAAUAUAACCCACCUAACGCAGAUGCCCCGCCCAAUGAGGAUGAAUUCGCAAUUCAAAGAAGAGUCAUGCGUGAGCGUCGCGAGCAAGCCAUUAAGCGCAGACUUGAGCAGGAAGCUCGUGAAGAAGAAGCCCGUAAAGCUAGAAUUGCCGAAAAGCUCAAGGCCAUGGGACCUCCGCCCGAACGCAAGAGUGCUAAAAAGGAAGGGACUAACGAAUCCUCUACACAGCCUGCCUACGCUGGACGGACAAACAUUUCCUCUACCACAGAGAAGCCCGGAGCACCUUCCGAAGCUACAGCUAAUUCUUCCAUCCCCGAAACUAAGGCAAAGCCCAGCUCUGAUCACCACGUUAAUGGCGAUGCCAAGCAACCGGCAGCUCAAGCUGGAAAGCCUUCAGAUUCGACUUCCAAUGCGCCCAAAGUCCAGUCGAAGGCAGCAUGGCCCGAAACUUCACAGCAUCCGGAGCGUUUUACGUCGUGGGUUGGUAGCUCUCAAAAUACUUCUCGAAACGUCUGGGGUGCUCCUGGAAAUGACCGCUCUCUUGGAAACGGCACUUUUAAUCCUGAUUUAGGAACUUUGCCUGACUCCCACCCGGCUCCAAUCUCGGAUCGCAUUCAUCGUCCGGGGCCGAUUGGUCCCCCCCGCUCGAAUCCUCAGCAACCUACACGUCCUGAAGCGAUGUCUAAUAAUCGCAUCCCCCCUAUCGGCCCACCUCGAGGCCGUCCUUCCAAUGUUCACGAGCAGGAUCUCUCUAGCUCAUGGAAAUCCUUCGCCGACAAUGUUCAAGAAGAUGAUCGCAGACGCGCGGCAGAGAUGCAAGAUUUCAUAAAUAGUCACGAAAAGAACCCAACUAUUCCGAUCAAAGACACCUGGCGUCCUCGGGGCAAUAUGCAAGAGAAACGAGGUCCAGCUGGCGCAUUUUCCAACCAUAAUGAAUCUCAGUCUAGUGGUACGUUUAGCAAUUCACGAUACGUUGGAAGGGAUGAGCGACAUCGACCAGAGUUUUCUGCAGAAGAUAUGGCUAAACGCAAAGGUCUUAUGCCUUCAGAUUUCGCUGCUCGAGAUGCGGCUAGAGAAGCCGCCGCUCAAGAAGUAAACGGCAUUCAUUCCGAUUUUGGUCGACAGGCCUCUGUCGGCCACACUGGACGGAAUGUGCCGGGAUCGCAAACCCAGCACAGGAGCAGUUCCAGAUUCUUCCCCUCCGCGCGCGACGUGCCUAUGCAAGACAUCAGUGUUCAGGAAGAAGCCCGCACCAAGUCCCCAACUCCGCCUCCCCCAACCGCAGAUGGUCAUCCGGUAUUUGACGGCGACGUCACUCGUCCGCACGUGGCUCUACCACCAGCUCGUCCGAUAGUGAAGCUACCACCUCCAACCAGCUCUGCGUCGCCCAGUCCUCUUGUUUCAACUGCUAAACCUGCGCCGAUUUCAUUCGCCGCUGCAGCCGCUGCACCUGUACGGGGCAAUACGCAAGCAGCAGUCCCCCGUCCCUCUAGCAGAGGUAAGGGAUAUGCGGGAAUCCCUCAAAAGCCGCACGAGAUAGCAUCUCAAGAGAAUUGGCAGGACAAAAUUAACAAUCUAAUGGGAAAGAAGCCGGUUCAUCAAGCGAAGUCUAUGGCUGUAGAUUCUUCUAGCAGAAUCGCGCUGGAGCAUACCCAUUCAUACGACCCUGCAACCGUUGCGUUACCUGGUCUCUCCCACUCUAUAAGUUCUGCAGCUUCUGAGGAUAGUGACUACACUAGCAAGGAAAUGGCCGAAGAGUGCUUUGGUGAGCAGGAGAUGGGCUCGCUGCCCGCUGUCCGACUCCCCAGCGAGGCGCCAGAUGCACUAUGGCAAGCUGUUGAACCAAACUUUGAUCCUGCACCAGCCAAAUUGCGCGUUGAACCAACGGCCUCUGAAUCCCUGAGAUUUCUACCCGAAGUUUCAAACGGCAAGAGCGUAAUUAGAAUUUUUGCUCCGUUUAUGCCAGAAGCGAAGACCGUUCUAGUGCCUUUUGCUAACAAUAGGUCCACCAGUAACCCACGCCGGUCUGGACCUCGAGGGACACCUCGUCGCCUGUCGGGCCGCGGUGGACAACGCGGAGGAAGGGAACACGCCGACCACGUUGGUGACCACGCGUCGACACAUUCGCCUGGACGUCCACCGACUAGAAGCGGGCGUGGAAGCUAUAGACCCCGAACCGAGAAUUGGAGCAGACAUACUCCGACAACCCCGUCAGCCUAGUCGUAAUUAUCUCUUAAGGAGUCAAAUGAUCGAACAGGUACAUCAUGUCCCGUUUCACAGCUGCCCUCUCCAGAUUUGAUCAGACUCAAUCCACCAGCAGCAUCCACCCAAUAUGUCUCUUCGUAUAUUUGAUUGCAACGCCGU